AAGAGAGAGAGAGAGAGAGAGAAAGUAGAGAGAGAGAAAAUGAGAAGAAACAAAGAGUGUGCAAAUUCCAAAAAGAAAGAGUAGCCACACGCAAUUGGGAACCAUCUUUCGCAACCCUCACACCCACCCCCACCCACAUCGCCCUCUUCCUCUCUCACAUUCACGGAAUCAAUCGGGAGAAGAAAUAACGAGAGAAGUUGCGACUGAUUUCUCGGUGUGUGUUUUGGGGUUAUUGCGUGGAAUAUGCAACAUAGGCUGAAGUUGCAGCAACAACAACAACAAGCCCUAAUGCAACAAGCCUUGCUUCAACAACAGCAGAUGUACCACCCUGGCAUGCUUGCUGCUGCAAUGUCUCAGCAGAUGGAGCCAGUUCCAGGUGGAAAUCUACCCCCUGGGUUUGACACUUCUUCAUGCCGUAGUGUUUAUGUAGGAAAUAUUCAUGUAAAUGUCACGGAUAAACUUCUUGCAGAAGUUUUUCAGAGUGCUGGUCCUCUGGCUGGGUGCAAGCUCAUAAGAAAAGAAAAGUCCUCUUAUGGUUUUGUGGACUAUCAUGAUCGAGCAUCUGCAGCCCUUGCGAUAAUGACAUUGCAUGGAAGGCAACUAUAUGGUCAAGCACUUAAGGUGAAUUGGGCAUAUGCCAAUAGCAGUAGAGAGGAUACUUCAGGGCACUACAAUAUAUUUGUUGGUGAUUUGAGUCCAGAGGUUACUGAUGCGACUUUAUUUGCUUGCUUCUCAGUCUAUCCUAGUUGUUCGGAUGCAAGGGUUAUGUGGGAUCACAAAACUGGGCGCUCAAAAGGAUAUGGUUUUGUUUCUUUCCGUGAUCAUCAGGAUGCACAAAGUGCUAUAAAUGAUAUGACAGGUAAAUGGCUGGGAAAUAGGCAGAUACGAUGCAAUUGGGCAACUAAGGGUGCCAGUACUAGCUCCAAUGAAGAGAAGAGCACUGACAACCAAAAUGCUGUUGUUCUUACAAAUGGGUCUUCAGAUGGAGGUCAAGAUAACAGCAAUGAGGAUGCCCCUGAAAACAAUCCUGCAUACACCACUGUUUAUGUUGGCAACCUUCCCCAUGAUGUAACACAAGCUGAACUCCACUGUCAAUUUCAUGCACUGGGGGCUGGAGUUAUUGAGGAGGUUCGAGUUCAGAGGGAUAAAGGUUUUGGAUUUGUCAGAUACAACACUCAUGAGGAAGCAGCAUUGGCCAUUCAGAUGGCUAAUGGAAGAAUAGUUCGUGGGAAGUCUAUGAAGUGUUCAUGGGGCAGCAAGCCAACUCCUCCUGGAACAGCUUCAAAUCCUCUGCCUCCUCCUGCUCAACCAUAUCAAAUACUUCCUACUGCAGGGAUGAACCAAGGCUAUUCUCCUGCUGAGUUGUUGGCGUAUCAACGCCAGCUGGCCUUGAGUCAAGCUGCUGUAUCCGGCCUUUCAGGUCAAGCUCUUCUGCAGAUGUCUGGACAACAUGGCCUAGCUCCUGCAUCAAUGGGUAUAAACUCCGGGGGAUCCCAAGCCAUGUAUGACGGAUAUGCUGGUAAUUCAUCAAGACAGCAGCUCAUGUACUAUCGCUAAACAUGCUGGUGCACAUUCAGAGUGUCCUUGUUGCAUCUCAUUUCUCUUGCUUCUCCACAUCAUGUCAUUUUCCAAACUCGGCUUUUUCUUUUUAAAUUGAGGUAUUGUGGUUUGAUAUUUACUUUGAAUUUUAUCUCUUGUUGUAAUUUGUAUUGUUUGAUCUUAAGUGGGUUUUAUGACUAAGAUAAAGGGAGAUAUCUAUAUGGGUUUUGCUAGAAAGGGUAUUGAGUUUUUAUGUUUGGGUAGUUUUCUUUAAUGGUAUUGUAUAUUAUGACUAUUAACUAAAUUUUAUGUUGAUAAUUUUAUGCUUCUUA